AGAAACACGGAUUCUUUGACUUCCAUUCGCCUGGUUACAAUUCGCCCACACAUCUACCACAUAUUCCGAGAACAGUUGAAGAAGCAUUUUAGAAUUGCAUCAGGAGACUCAUGGAAUCCAGUGGCUCUGCUCAGUUCUCGAUUAAAACAGCUGUGGCUUCCUAGAUGCGAUGAUAUACAAGGUAUAACAGUUUUUACGCAUCCUUAUUCUGUAACUCCUCCUGCAACGUUGUUGGUCCUUGUGACAGAUCAGCUGGACCAUGUUAAUGAAAUAAAACUGCUUCUUAAGGAAGAAUUUGAUAAACAAUACAAGGAGAAGAAAAUUGAACAAGUGCUUCUGACAACAUUUUCCCUUACAGAGAUUCAGGAUAUUUUCUCAGUAGUGAAUGAAAAGCCUGAAAUAAAUAUGAUAUUAGACAAACUACAGAACUGCAUUUUUCUAAAUGGCUGUGAAAAGGAUGUUCUUGAAGUGGAAUUGAAGGUACAAAGCAAGCUUACCACCAUUAUAAGUGAAAGGCUUCAAAACGUAACUAUGGAACAAACUGGGUUCCUGGUCCAGUGGGGCUAUUCAGAU